CCCACCCACCUUCUCUUGUCACUGCCUUCUGCAGGCUGUUUUCACCUAGGAAAAGGAAUCAUAUCAUAUGUCCACUAUCCGGAAUCUCUACUCUUUUGACCCCUUUGCUGAUGCAAAUAAGGGUGAUGAUCUGCUUCCUGCUGGGACUAAGAAUUGCAUCCACAAAGAAUUCAACAGAGAAAUAGGAGGAAGAUUCACUACUGCCCAGGGGAUCAUUGAUGAUUAUGGUAAAAAGAAACUAGUGAAGGCAUUGAAGAAGACAUUUUCUUGCAAUGAUACUAUAAUUGAACAUCCAGAAUAUGGAGAAGUAAUUCACCUACAAGGUGAUCAGUGCAAGAACAUAUGCCAGUUCCUCAUUGAGAUUGGCCUGGCUAAGGACAACCAGCUGAAGGUUCAUGGGUUUUAAGUGCUUGUGGCUCACAGAAGCUUAAGUGAGGAUUUCCUUGCAAUGAGUAGAAAAAAUU